CUUUGGCUGCGGUGGAACUUUUCUCUUGUUUUCAUGUUUCUGUACUCUUAACAAUAUUAUCCGUCUUUAUAUAUUUAUAGGUCCAUCAAGUGGACGUUUAGAUUAAUCCCCCCUCUCCUUAACAGCAUUAUAACCAUUUCUUCCAAGGCCAUGGCUUCUAACAGUUACGACGAGGAGGGCGAGUUCUGCAGGAGUUACCUCAUCUUGAAGCCCAGAGAAGCGAGCUUCCUCGACCUCCUUCGCCUCCUCCUCUUUCCUUCAGACAUCAGCGCAAGAAGAAGAUCUAUCCACUGCCCGACAGAGGAGGCUGAGGAAAGGGUGAAGGAUUUUGACCGGAGAUGGAUCAUUUUCAUCUCCCUUGCAGUGCAGAAGCUCCUCCUCUUAAUGGAGAAGCCACUGGCAGCCGCAGGUUAUUUGGUCGAGACGGGACUCAACCUUCUCUCCAUCAACGGUGGAGCCUCAGGGCUCCUCAAUAAUAUUGUGAAAGGAAAGGUGGUAUGGCCAGAUAAGGAAUCAGUUUCGUUUGUAUCAGCGGUGGGGCAAGUGGAUAGGAGGGUCGACCUAGACCGCCAUAUCAGGCACAGGGGACCCAAGUACUAUCGGUCCCUCGCCAUGAUGGCUGCUAAACUGGCGUGGGAAAAUGCCGCCUUCGUCAAAUCAGUCAUCACUUGGCACUGGAAGAUGGAACUCCUAGGGUACUACAACUUUUGGAACGAUUCCCAGCACGAGCCGACGACAGGGGCCACUGUGUUCAGGGACAGGAACCUGAUCGUAGUAGCGUUUAGGGGGACUCGCGCCUUCGUCGCGGAAGACUGGCGGACGGACGUGGACAUCUCGUGGUACGAGCUCGAAGGGAUUGGAAAGGCCCACAGGGGCUUCAUGGAGGCCUUGGGCCUACAACAAGGAAAGGGCUGGCCCAAAGAGAUCCAGCAGGGCCCAGAUGGCCUGCACCAGUAUGCCUAUUAUGAGCUAAGGAGCUUGCUUAAAGAAGCAUUAAGGGCCGAUACCGACGGAGAGGACAUGAAGUUUAUAGUGACGGGGCACAGCUUAGGCGGGGCCCUAGCAAUCUUGUUCGCAUCGGUCUUGGCGAUACACGAGGAGGCGUGGCUGCUGGAGAGGUUGGAGGGAGUGUACGCGUUCGGGCAGCCGAGGGUGGGAGACGAGCCGUUCGGGGAGUUCAUGAAGCAAAGGUUUAAGACAUACAAGGUGAACUAUCUGAGGUACGUGUACUCCAAUGACAUCGUGCCGAGGUUGCCCGCCGAUGACAAGAGCCUCAUGUUCAAGCACUUCAGCCCCUGCCUCUUCUUCGGCAGCUGGUUAUACCGAGGCAAGGUCCUGGAGGAGGAGCCGAACAAGAACUACUUCUCCCCUUUGUGGGCCAUACCGAAGGUCCUAAACGCAGUCUGGGAGCUCAUCAGAGGGUUCAUCAUACCCUACAUCGAAGGGCCGACUUACACAGAGAGCUGGGUCCUGAAAUUGGUCAGGUUGUUUGGGAUAGCAGUCCCAGGAAUCCCAGCUCAUUGUCCUCAGGACUAUGUUAACCUCACACGGUUGGGUCCCGUUACCUAUCUAGAAGACGACUAUCGCCUUGCGUAAUGAUUAUGGUAUUUAUUAAUCCGACAUUUAGUUAAACUACAGAGGGUGAAUAACUUUCAUACGUUUAUGUUGCAAUAAAUUAAGAAACUCGACACCCUUGUAAAAGCUUGUUUGGUUAAAAGCGGUUUGUACGAAAUUACGCAUUGAAAGGAUGAUACGUCAUAA